GGUGGUUCUCGCGUAUCUUUCUAAGGAACGCACCUCACCCCCACCCCACGCAAACAAAAAAGCGUACGGUUUUUCGCGUGCGCUCGCUCCCUCCAAGUUCUUUUUCUUAUUUAUGUUCCCUCCGCUCCUCCGUCUUUUCGUGCUCCCCUCUCCCUGUCAGGAGAAGAAUUCUCGGAAGCUUCUUGGAAGCGUCGCCAUGGACGGGAGAUCGGAAGCUUCUCCUCGAGUCAAAGAUCCGAGAACCAUCGCGAGAAAGUACCAGUUGGAGCUAUGCAAGAAAGCUGUGGAGGAGAACAUCAUUGUGUAUCUAGGGACGGGGUGUGGGAAGACCCACAUCGCGGUGCUGCUCAUGUACGAGCUCGGACAUCUCAUCAGGAAGCCAAGCAAGAAUAUCUGCGUGUUUCUUGCUCCAACCAUCCCCCUCGUUCGCCAGCAAGCUGUGGUCAUUGAGAACUCCACUGAUUUUAAAGUUCAGUGCUACUAUGGUGGCCACAGGCAUUUGAAGGAUCAUGAUCAGUGGAAUAAGGAGAUCGACCAAUGUGAAGUGCUUGUUAUGACCCCACAAAUAUUGCUACACAAUUUGCGACAUUGUUUCAUCAAGAUGGACGCAAUUGCACUUUUAAUUUUUGAUGAGUGUCAUCAUGCACAAGCAAAAAAAAGGCAUCCAUAUGCACAAAUAAUGAAGGAGUUCUACAAGACUGAUGCUAUCAAAUCUCCUCGUAUUUUUGGCAUGACUGCUUCUCCAAUCAUUGGAAAAGGUGGGUCCAGUCAAUUGAACUAUACCAAAUGCAUCAACAGUCUUGAAACAUUACUUGAUGCCAAGGUGUGCUCUGUUGACGAUACUCUAGAACUUCAAAAAGUAGUUUCUUCUCCGAAUAUAAAGGUUUGCUUCUACGAUACCGCUGAUCAUAGUGCUUCGAGCCUUAUAGGAACUUCCAGGAAAAAGCUUGAGGAGAUAAAACUCCAGUGUAUCUCGAUGAUAAGGGAGAAGGUACAUGAUCUCAACAAUCUCCAGAAGAGUAUAAAGGGUCUGUCCAGGUUGCAUGAUAAUUUGGUUUUCUGUUUGGAAAACAUUGGUUUUUGUGGGGCAAGACAAGCCGCACGAGUCUUUCUAGCUGCAGAUGGGAUUGAUGCAAUGGAGAGCGAGAUAGACAACAAUAACAGUGACAAGUGCCUUUCAGACCAAUAUUUAAGCAAGGCAAUCUCAGUUUUAAGUGGUGAUUUAUUAUAUGAUGAUACGAAGGGCCGCUCUGUUACUUUAGAGACUUUAGAAGAACCAUUUUUCUCAAAAAAAUUAUUAGUUCUCAUUGAAAUUCUGUCAUGUAACAGGCUACAAGAAAACAUGAAAUGUAUAAUUUUUGUGAAGAGAAUCAUGGUUGCAAGAUCAUUAGCAUAUAUCCUUGGGAACAUAAAGUCUCUUCAUUAUUGGAAAUGUGAGUUUCUCGUGGGAUGUCACUCUGGAUUGAAAAGCAUGUCACGGAAAAAAAUGAAUUCCAUUGUUGAAAAAUUUUCUUCUGGUGAGGUGAAUCUCCUUGUUGCUACUAAUGUAGCUGAAGAAGGACUUGAUAUUCAAACCUGCUGCCUUGUAGUGCGGUUUGAUCUGCCUGAAACUGUAGCUAGCUUCAUACAGUCCAGAGGACGUGCUCGGAUGAUAACAUCUGAAUAUGUAUUUCUUGUGGAAAGAGGAAACCAGCGUGAACAGAAACUACUGGAUGAUUUUAUGUCUGGGGAGGAUAUUAUGAAUAAAGAAAUUAGUUGCAGGACAUCUAGUGAGACCUUUGAUUAUUUGGAGGAGGCUAUGUAUAAAGUUAGUAGCACCGGUGCCUCCAUCAGUACUGGCUGCAGUGUUUCCCUUCUUCAUCGUUAUUGUGCCAAGCUACCUUGUGAUAUAUAUUUUAUUCCUUCACCAAAGUUCUUUUACAUAGAUGACAUAAAUGGGACCAUUUGCAGAAUAAUUCUUCCUCCAAAUGCUCCUAUUCGUCAGGUCGAAAGUCUGCCCUAUCCUUCGAAGGAUGAAGCUAAGAGAAAUGCUUGCCUUCAAGCAUGUAAGGAGCUUCAUGAACGAGGUGCUUUAACCGAUUAUCUUUUGCCUGGUCUAGAUGAUGGAAAGAAGAACGGAUCAACAAUGCAUCACUCCAAGUGUGACAGUACUGAAGAUGAUAAUCUAAGAGAAGAACUUCACGAGAUGCUAGUUCCUGCUGCUCUUAAAAUAUCAUGGAAUAAUCUUGAUAAUGACGUAAAUCUGUUUUUUUAUUAUAUUAGAUUUGUUCCUAUCCCGGAGGAUAGACAAUAUCAGAUGUUUGGUCUUUUUGUUAAAGCUCCUCUUCCUAAAGAAGCUGAAGCACUGGAAGUUGAUUUGCAUCUUGCUCAUGGUAGAAUUGUUAAGACAGGGUUUGAACCUUUAGGGACGUUAACAUUUAACAAAGAAGAGACCAAGCUAGCAGAAAAUUUCCAGGAAAUGUUCCUCAAGGUCAUCCUUGACCGGUCAGACUUAUCUUCUGAAUUUGUUCCAUUGGGAAAGUAUGAUGCAUCUCAACAUAGCUCAUCAAUCUUUUAUCUCUUGCUUCCAGUCAAGCAACAAAGAUAUGGUGAAAACUUGACUGUUGAUUGGACAACUAUUAGACGUUGCUUGUCAUCACCAGUCUUUGGCCCUAUAACAAAUUUGUGUGAGAAGGAUCCCCAUCCGAUGAAUGAUACUUUGGAGCUACUUAAUGGUCCAAUCAACAAAUGUGAUGUCUUGAACAGCUUAGUUUUCACUCCCCACAACAAUCUAUUUUUCUUUGUUGAUGGCAUUCUUCAUGAAACAAAUGCCAGCAGCCAAUAUAGGGGUACAAGAGCCAUGAGCUAUGCGGAAUACUACCAGAACAGCAGGUUUGGUAUUGAGCUAUUGCACUUAGAACAACCAUUUUUGAAGGCCAAACAACUCUUUUCUUUGCGUAACUUGCUCCAUAAUCGAUUACAAGAGAGCACAGAGGCCCGUGAGAUGGUGGAGCACUUUGUGGAAUUACCUGCAGAACUAUGUUUGUUAAAAAUAGUUGGUUUUUCAAAAGAUAUUGGCAGUUCUUUGUCGUUAUUGCCUUCUUUGAUGCAUCGUCUGGAAAACUUGCUGGUGGCUAUUGAGUUGAAGGAGGUGCUUUUAGCAUCUUUCCCAGAAGCCUCUGAAGUUCGAGCUAAUUGUAUUCUUGAAGCGCUCACUACAGAGAAAUGCUUGGAGCGUCUUUCUCUCGAGAGGUUUGAAGUUCUUGGCGAUGCUUUCUUAAAGUAUGUAGUGGGUCGUCACAGUUUUGUUUCAUAUGAAGGCCUAGACGAAGGCCAAUUGACCAGGAAGCGUUCUAGUAUUGUGAACAAUUCGAAUCUUUAUGAUCUAGCAAUUAGAAAAAAUUUACAGGUGUACAUACGUGAUGAAUGGUUUGACCCAGCUCAGUUCUUUGCACUAGGCCGUCCAUGUACAGUUGUUUGUAAUGUGGAGACAGAAUCAACAAUACAUCAACGGGGAAAUAAUACUACAACAUAUGGAGCAGAAGCCAUGAAUGUGAAAUGUACUAAAUCCCAUCAUUGGCUGCACAAGAAAACUAUUGCAGAUGUUGUGGAAGCUCUUAUUGGAGCAUUUCUUGUGGAGAGUGGAUUUAAAGCUGCAAUUGCAUUUCUUCGGUGGAUCGGGAUUCAAGUUGAUUUUGAAGUUUCAGAUGUUUAUAGAGCUUGUGAAUUAAGCAAGAGCAAUAUGUCGCUCAUUGAUGGUACAAAUGUUGCUGAGCUCGAGCAGUUGUUAUGUCGUACAUUUCGGUACAAGGGUCUUCUUAUGCAAGCACUUGUACACCCUUCUUAUAAUAAGCACUCAGGAGGAUGCUACCAGAAGCUGGAGUUUCUUGGAGAUGCUGUCUUGGAGUACUUGAUAACAUCCUAUCUCUAUUCUGCUUACCCAGAUCUGAAGCCAGGUCAAAUAACUGACUUAAGAUCGAUAACUGUCAAUAAUAACUCCUUCGCACAUGUAGCGGUGUGGCGAUCUUUGCAUAAAUAUCUUAUAAAAGAUUCAAACAGUCUCACGGAGGCAGUAAACAAAUUUGAGACUUUUAUUCGGUUACCUGAGUCGGAAAGAGACUUGCUUGAGGAACCAGCAUGUCCAAAGGUACUUGGUGAUAUCAUCGAAUCUUGUGUAGGUGCUGUACUUUUGGAUACAGGAUUCAAUUUAAAGCUUGUUUGGAGGUUAAUGAUCACACUCUUGAAGCCGGUCUUGAGUUUUUCUAGCUUACAGCUUAACCCUGUUAGAGAACUCCGAGAACUUUGUCAAUGCUAUGAUUUUGAGUUGGGACUUCCAGAUCCAACAAAAAUAAAAGAAGGCUAUUUUGUCAAAGUAGAAGUGGAUGCAAAAGGUAACCCCUUGAGUUGCACUGCAACCAACAAAAACUCGAAAGCUGCCAGAAGAAUGGCUGCACAAGAAGCACUUUCUAAACUGAAGGCGCUUGGUUACAAACACAAAAGGAAGUCACUGGAGGAAAUUGUCCGGUCAACUCGGAAGAAGAAUGCAGAACUUAUAGGCUUUAAUGAAGAGCCCAUAGUAAUAGAGAAUGCUGAUUCCAUUUCAUUGGGGAAAUUGCAAAUUCAGGAGUUAGAAGAGACUCCACCUAUGUUUGAUCUCCCAGAGGCAAGAGAGUCUCCUUCAUCUUCCAUCAACAAGUUUUCCAUUCCAUCAAAUGCAGAAGGAAGACCUAAGGCUGCAAACAGUGAAGCUCACAGAAACAAAGAUCAACAUGAACCAGUAAUAGUGCUUCAUGAUUGGACCGAUGGAGCAACUGAGAAUCAGAGGGAGAUCAAUGGUGCUUUGGGUCGCAAAAUGGCAAAGUCAUGGCUGUUUGAGAUCUGUGCUGCCAACUAUUGGAGUCCUCCUUCAUUUGAGUGCUGCAAAGAUGAAGGACCAAGCCACCUAAGGAUGUUCACUUACAAGGUUACUGUUGAAGUUGAAGGAAUUACCCCAAUACGCCUGGAGUGUUUCGGUGAAGCAAAGCCGCAAAAGAGAGCUGCUGAAGAUCAUGCUGCGGAAGGGGCAUUGUGGUGUCUUAUGCAACUUGGAUAUGUAAAUAAGCCCUAAGUCUUGUCAUUUUGGUCAAUAUUUACCAUCAUUUAUACAAUCAUUUUGUUCUUCCCCGGUUCUUGGAGUAAAUAUUACCAGACCAACACAGCCUAACCAACCAUGAAUAUGCAGCUUUUCAGCUCCAGUUUCCAUAUCAUUGUUGUACAUAAUGUUGACCAUAGAUGAGAUGAAGCUCUUUUUUGGUGCCCCAUGUAUAUAAGAAUACAGAAGGGUUUGCCGGAAUUUAAAACAAGUUAUCAAGAGCUACAUGUACAGAAAAAGAUCCUGUAAAGUAUCCAUCUGCAGUACAGUAAAACUGUAAUUUUCAAGCUUGCGCUUUAGAUGCUUGUUAUGCGAGUGCAAA